GUUGGAGUCCGAAAGGGGCUCGCUCUGCGAUAGGAAGAGCCGGGACCGUGGGAAAAGAAAGAGGCGCAUGCGCACUUUCCUCCCCUUCUCAGCGCAUGCGCCUCUCACGCUUUGGGCCCUUUUGCUUUCCCUCUCAGGGAAGAGAGCACCAUGGAGGCUCCGCCGGUCACCAUGAUGCCAGUCACUGGCGGGACCAUUAACAUGAUGGAAUAUUUACUUCAAGGGAGUGUUUUGGACCAGAGCUUGGAGAGCCUCCUUCACCGGCUCCGUGGCCUUUGCGACAACAUGGAGCCCGAGACCUUUCUGGACCACGAGAUGGUCUUCCUCCUGAAGGGCCAGCAGGCCAGCCCGUUCGUCCUCCGCACGCGGCGCUCCAUGGACAAGCCCGGCACGCCUUGGCACCUGCGGUAUUUGGGCCAGCCAGAAAUGGGAGACAAGAACCGCCACGCCUUGGUGCGCAACUGUGUCGACAUUGCCACUUCGGAGAACCUGACGGACUUCCUGGUGGAAAUGGGCUUCCGCAUGGACCACGAGUUCGUUGCCAAGGGGCACGUCUUCCGCAAGGGCAUCAUGAAGAUCGUGGUGUAUAAGAUCUUCCGCAUUUUGAUCCCGGGAAACACCGACAACAUUGAGCCCUUGUCUCUUUCCUACCUUGUGGAGCUCAGCAUUGUGGCGCCGGCGGGACAAGACAUGGUUUCCGAUGACAUGAGGAGUUUUGCGGAGCAGCUCAAGCCUUUAGUUCACUUAGAAAAAAUUGAUCCUAAGAGGCUGAUGUGAGUGUGCGGCUGCGCCUGGAUCUGGACCAGGCAUGGGCCAACCUUGGCCCUCCUUCCAGUUGUUUUGGACUCCAACUCCCACAGUUCCUAACAGCCAACUGAAGGGAGGGCUGAAGUUGGCCCAUGCCUGGUCUAGAUCUUUUGUUGUACAGAACUAAAGUGGAGAGAAAUCACAGAAUUGUAGAGUUGGCCGAGACUGCAAGGGCCAUCUAGUCCAACCCCAUUCUGUCUUGGGGAGAUAAAGUGGGUUAUGAAUUUAUCUAUACAGAUAAUAAAAGUAAAAAAAUGUG